AUGGUGGUUUAUGCAAGACAUUCUUUCUGCAUGCCGAUAGAAGAACGUAUAGAAACAAACACUCCAUAUCCAAGAUUUGCCAAUGAUACUGACUUGGCCAGAGUCAGUCUGUUUUUUUACUGUGAUAGUCAAGUGAACCAGAUGGAUAUAACAGAGGAUUUAAUUAACGAUAUUCGUAAACAGUUUGCCGAUCAACUAAAUUGUUCAUUGACCUUUGUUGAUAAUAUACUAAUGGCCCAGUCAGACAUUAAUACGUUUGAAAUGAGACUAGAUAUUGUCAAUCAAGGAAGCAUUAAAGAACUGGAAAACGUCCUGUAUAAAUUUCACAAAGCCGCCGACAAAGGGCAACUGCGUAUAUCAACUGCAUAUGCAAAUCUGACCUCGAUGGUGAAAAGCGUGGUGUACAGACAGAUGAUAUACGGAUUCUCGAGAACAACAAAGAAAAAGAGCAGAGGCGAUUAUUUUAUUGUUGCAAGCUUUCUUCCUUUGGUUAUUGUAUUCAGUCUGGUUGUGAUAGUUGCAUGGAAAAACAUGGCAUUAUGA